CGGGUCCGGGCGACAGACACCCAGCCCUACCUCCAUUCCAUACCGCCCGUCCACAUUAGGUACUUCAGGUCGUUGUAAAUGUUUCCCGUGUACUUAGCGACUGGCGUGGCUCUAUCGCUGGCAGGAUCAUGACCUCACCCGCCGCUACCGGCGUGAAGCGCUCCUACGCCGCGAUGGCCUUCGACUGGGACGGUCAGUCCCAAACCCCCACCGCCGAACCACGCCCGAGGUCCCGGCCUUUCUCCCCCGAGAGCAGGGACCCUGUCUACCCCGCGCCGCUCCAUCCAGCGCCGACAUUUUCGGCCGGACCAUCCCCCGGAGCCUACCGGUCGGCAUACCAGGCCCCGGCGCGCAAGAGCUCCAACCCAAAAGCCGCUAGCUACGAUGCAGACACGUCUAUCAUCAUCGCCGGUAUCCGGGGUGCCGGCAAGACAACACUGGCAGUUAUAGCCUCCUCUGCUAUGAACCGGAAAGUUGUUGAUCUCGAAAUGGCCUUUCGCGAGGUUACCGGCUUCUCCAGUCCGGCCUACAAGAAAGCGCACGGUGGUGCUGCUUGCCAGUCCCGCGAACUCGCCAUCCUGUACGAGGUCCUAGGAAGGCAUGGCAAAAAUGCCGUCAUUGUCUGCUCGUGGAUCGAGAGAGAUAUCCAGUCGGCCCUAGAGCGGCUGGAGAAGACUCACCCUGUCAUAUACGUUCUUCGUGACCCCAAGGCCAUCCAGAGCCACCUAAGGAUUGAAACCCUUCAGAAAGCCCGGGACAUUUUGGGUGCAAGCAGCACCUUCUUUAGAAACUGCACGCGUUACGAGUUCUUCAACGUCUCGGAGGAUAGCAGCAUGCCCGAUGAAUUCACAAACGAACGCCUUCCCUCGCCUUCGGCGGACCUUGACCGACCGACCGCACCAUAUCUCACGCUUAAGCGGGCUGAGAGACACUUUCUCAAGUUUCUCUCCCUGAUUCUCCCGAGCGGCUCCAUCCCUUUCAACGAAUCAGCCUUCCCGCUAGCACGCGUUCCUGCAGAAGCAAGACGGUUUACCUACGCUAUUUCCGUGCCGCUCUCCUCGUUCGUUCGCGGCGACCUCGACAUUCAGGAGUUCGAAAUUGGAGCCGAUGCCAUAGAAAUCAUUGUCGACGAUCUCAUCACCGACUACGCUAGCCAGUUGCGGUCAUCAACCGAUGUACCGUCCCACCGCGCCAGUGAAAUCAGCCGUGUCGUGGCACAAUUCCGGCGGGAUACCGUCAUUCCCAUCUUCUUUCAUGUGGCGUUCCCCGAAGCAGCGCUCUCAAACGAAUAUUGGCGAUCUCUUUACAUAUCAUACAUCCGGCACGGGCUACGUCUUGCACCCGAGUACAUCACCGUUGAUUUGAGGCUAGAGAGUCACAUACUUUCAAGCAUCAUCAGUGCCAAGGGGACCUGCAAAGUUGUGGGCAACCUCCAGCUGGAGGACACGGAUUCUCCCCUCUGGGACGCGCCGUUUUGGCGGUCGCACUAUGAAAAGGCACAAGGAAGCGGUUGUGGCCUCACAAGGUUCACAAAAAGGGCGGUUAACACCGCUGAUAAUCUGGAUGUGCGCCUCGUCCACCACGCCGCGGAGUCAACCCCAGGCCCAAAGCUGCCGCUCAUUGCCUACAGCACGGGGAUACUGGGUCGGACUUCGGCGUGUUUCAAUCAGGUUCUCACGCCAGUUCUGCCAGAAGGCUUGCAAAAGGAGCCCCCCCGGACAGCAUCCGAGGCCGCCAUGGCGCUGCGCCCGUCUCUCACGGCCCGGGAGGCAACACAGGCUCUGUACUCAUCAUUUUACUACCAUCCGAUGAGGCUCUACGUCUUCGGUGCCAAUGUGAGCUACAGUCUGUCCCCGGCCAUGCACAAUGCUGCUCUCAAGGCUUGUGGCAUUCCUCACCAGUACGAACCUCACUCUACGAGCAACAUCGGAAGCCUACAAGAGCUCGUCAACGAUCCUCACUUCGCCGGCGCCUCCGUGGGGCUUCCUUUCAAGGUCGAGAUUAUCAGUUUGACGCAUUCCCUAAGCCGACAUGCCAAGGCAAUCGGCGCGGUGAACACACUAAUUCCCGUGCGGUACCUUAAUCCUGACGGUAGCAUCCCCGACGACGCAAUAUUGUCCAAUCGGGGCGAUCUAGCUGGCCCGGUGAAGGCGCUCUACGGGGAGAACACGGAUUGGAUUGGCAUUCGAGCCUGCAUCCGUCGUGGCCUCUCCCCGGCUAAUGCCGUGCGACCGAGCAGUUCAGGGCUCGUCGUCGGGGCCGGUGGGAUGGCGAGGGCCGCCGUUUAUGCGAUGUUGCAGCUCGGAGUCAAGCACAUACUCAUCUUUAACCGGACGCUCGCCAACACCGAGAAGCUCGUCUCUCACUUCGAGACAUUGCUGACCCGCAACGGGCUCCCGUUAUUUAGCUCCAGUGCUGGGUCCAAAGAAAGGACAAGAUUCCACAUCAUUCGGUCUCGCGACGAUCCCUGGCCAGAGGGCUACAAGCGUCCCACCAUGAUCGUCUCGUGCAUUCCGACGCAUGGUGUUGGGGGAAGUCCGGCACCAGAAUUCACAGUCCCGGCACAGUGGCUCGAAAGCCCCACGGGCGGUGUCGUCCUAGAGCUUGAAUAUAAGACGCUCAACAGCCCCCUGCUGGAACAGGUUCGGAAGGAGGCUCAUAGGGGUUGGGUGGCGAUGGAUGGGUUGGAUUUGCUUCCUGAGCAAGGCUUUGCCCAGUUUGAGCUUUUCACCGGGCGCCGAGCGCCACGCCGUGUAAUGAGACGGGAAGUCUUCAGGGCAUACCCUGACGACCAUGGGCGUUCCAACUUUGCGCAACUAGAGCCGCGGCUUAACAACAUAACCACACAAGAAUCUUGAAAGACUUGGCAUCUGCAGCCUUUGAACGAUUCCAAAGAUCCCAGUAGUUGAGUGCUUGGUUACCCAACCGCACGGCGAAGCCGACGCACCCAUCUGUCCAAAAAUAGGUACGACGGCCGACCGGUGCGAGUCUUUUCGGCAUCUCCGCCGUGGUCGGCUGACGUUGACUCCGGCAGAGCAUUCAUCCCAAAUGCCGGCAUCUCUGCCCGUCGCGCUUCCCGAAGGUGGGGUUCCCCAGGAUAGGGGUAGCAGCCGUUACCUGUGCAACUUA